AUGUCAGCUGCUUCUUUGAUGCCGCAUUCCCUACAGCUCUUCUCUUAUGAUUUACGGGAGUCAUCAAGAGUUCCUGUUUAUGAAGUAGCCUACAUCCUGGAUGUGGUCCUGGCCAACCCCCUGGGAAAUGGUAUAUUCUCGGCAAUGGUUUCGAAGAAGACUGAAAAUACUCCCGGGUACUACUGUUGGACAGCCCUCUGCAUAGCGGAGAAUGUUGACAUAAUAGCCGGUGAAGAGAGGAGAAGAAAAAACCUUUCCGGAGACUAUCAAGGCACCGCUAUCUCCGCCAUUAACAGUCAGAAAACCUGGGAACGGACAGGUAGUUCUCGUAAUUACACGACCGGAAAGCACUUGACUAGGUCCUGCCAUUCAUCAUAUAUUGAUAUAAUGGCGAGCAUUGGCAAGGAGGGUGAAGGUCGCACUAUUGUGAAGGCCGUGGUGCACCAUAUGCUCUCCUUGCAGCUGCCUGGCGCCUUAAUUGUCGAGUCAGUGUCGCAUAUUGUGAUUCGCUACAGACAUCGGAUCCAAGACGUAUCCUCUAAUCGCGCCUGGAGCCUUAACGAGAGCGUGGCUCGACACCCCAGCGCAGUGACUCAGCCCCGACCUGCCGCACUAAUCCCGAGGCACAGUGACCCGCAGCUGUGCUGA